CGAAGUGCUUUGCCAGCUUGAUUUGGGACAUCUGCAAGUUGGCCCUGUGUUCCAGCAUCCGUUGCGUGUGUAAAGGAAAUCUAUACAGUUCUUUACCUCGUCAAGUAGGGUGGAUUGUGCUAAUUCCCUGGGGUGGAGCAGCCGUCUGAAAUGACUGGGGGAAAUGUAUUAGUAGAAAUACACAUAUAUGUGUGUAUAAAAUCUGGUUGUCCUGUGAACUUCUAGAGUGCUUGAUCUGCCCAAUGAGAUGAGAGAGUUACCCAAAGAAUGAGUGUUUUAGUCUAGAUAAUGGAUUUCAAAUGUUUCUCAAGAAGUUUAAAAUUUCUGCCUGAGCCUCAGAGUCCUCAUGCUCAGAGUGAACUGAAGUUUUAAAGAUGUAGCAGGUUUUCCUUGACACUGUGACACUGUUUUUUGUUUUUUGUUUUUUUCUUUUGAUUCCCAGACACCAGCUGCUACACAUGUCUUCACCAUUGCUAAGAAGGCCUUUGCUGUUACCCCGGUGUGAAAACACAUCUGCAGUUUCCCGGAAAUGGAGCAUCUCAACGUUACUUAAUGCACCCUGCUCUGAAGCGUGGCUGGCGAGCACCGUUGGCCUUGUUUAUUUAAGAAGACUGUAUCAGGAGGAGAAUGCUUUUUUGUAAACAUGCAUUGCCUGGCUCUUUCCCUGGGCUUCUUGUUGCCUGUCCCAGAAACACUGCUCUUGGCCUAUCUAGCGUCCCUGCCGUGGGCCGACUCGCGGGGCCUCUUCCCCAGGCUGGAGAAUGUAGGCGCUUUCAAGAAGGUUUCAGUUGUGCCAGCCCAGGCCACGUGUGGACUCCCGGCGCGGAGCAUGUUUUGUCAGAGCCCGGCGGCUAUGGAAAGCCUGCGGUUCUGCAGCCAGCGGGUCUGCGUGCAGGACUGCCCCUACCGGUCCACGUCCCCGGACCCCACCGCCCUCUUUGCAGCCGGCCUCGGGAGCUGCAUCACGGUGGACCGGCAUGAUCUGCGGCCCAAUUCCCAGAGCAAUUCUUCAAGUUUCAUCUUCGGAAGUCACAAGAAGUGCUUUGCUUCUCCUCCUGCUCCGCGGCUGGCGGCAUCAUUUACUCUAGCUGUGUGGCUGAAACCCGAGCAAGAAGGUGUAAUGUGUAUUAUAGAAAAGACGGCGGAUGGGCAGAUUGUGUUCAAGCUUACAAUAUCUGAGAAAGAGACCGUGUUUUAUUAUCGCACAGUAAAUGGUUUGCAGCCUCCAAUAAAAAUAAUGACACUGGGGAGAAUUCUUGUGAAGAAAUGGAUUCAUCUUAGUGUGCAGGUACAUCAGACAAAAAUCAGUUUCUUCAUCAAUGGUUUGGAAGAGGAUUAUACAGCUUUUGAUACAAGAAUGCUAAGUGGUUCAGUUAUGGAUGUUGCCUCUGGUGCUAUGCAAAUAGGACAGAGUUUAAAUGGUUUAGAGCAGUUUGUUGGAAGAAUGCAAGAUUUUCGAUUAUACCAAGUGGCACUUACAAACAGAGAGAUUCUGGAAGUUUUCUCUGGACAGCUGCUCAGAUUGCACAUCCAGUCACAUUGCCGCUGCCCUGGGAGCCACCCUCGGCUCCAUCCUUUGGAACAGCGAUACUGCAUUCCUAACGAUGCAGAAGACACGGCCAGUGACAGGGUGUCCCGGCUGAAUCCUGAAGCCCAUCCUCUGUCCUUUGUCAAUGAUAACAAUAUUGCUACUUCAUGGGUUUCACACGUGUUUACCAACAUUACCCAGCUUAAUCAAGGAGUGACUAUUUCCAUAGAUUUGGAAAAUGGACAGUAUCAGGUGUUUUAUAUUAUCAUCCAGUUCUUUAGUCCACAACCAACAGCAAUAAGGAUUCAAAGGAAGAAAGAGGACAGCCUCGACUGGGAGGAUUGGCAGUAUUUUGCUAGAAAUUGCAGUGCUUUCGGAAUGAAGAACAAUGGAGAUUUGGAAAAUCCUGAUUCUGUCAACUGUCUUCAGCUCUCCAAGUAUGAUCCAUAUUCCCGUGGUAAUGUCACCUUUAGCAUCCUGACACCUGGACCACAUCAUCGUCCUGGAUACAAUAAUUUCUAUAAUACCCCAUCUCUUCAAGAGUUUGUAAAAGCCACACAAGUACGUCUUCAUUUCCAUGGACAGUACCACACAACUGAGACUUCUGUCAGCCCCAGACACAGAUACUAUGGGGUCAAUGAAAUCACCGUCACUGGAAGGUGCCAGUGCCAUGGUCAUGCCGAUAACUGUGACACGACAAGCCGACCCUACCGAUGCCUCUGCUCUCAGGAAAGCUUCACUGAAGGACUUCAGUGUGAUCGCUGCUUGCCUCUUUAUAAUGACAAGCCUUUCCGCCAAAGUGAUCAAGUUCACGCUUUCCAUUGUAAACCAUGUGAGUGCAACAGCCACUCUAGAAGCUGCCACUACAAUGUCUUGGUGGACCCAUUUCCACUUGAGCACCACAGAGGGGGUGGAGGAGUUUGUGAUGACUGCAAGCACAACACUGCAGGAAAGAACUGUGAGCUGUGUAAGGAUUACUUUUUCCGACAAGUUGGUGCAGAUCCUUCAGCCAUAGAUGUUUGCAAACCCUGUGACUGUGAUGAAGUUGGCACUAGAAACAGUAGCCUCCUUUGUGAUCAGAUCGGAGGCCAGUGUAAUUGUAAGAGACAUGUGUCUGGCAGACAGUGCAAUCAGUGCCAGGAUGGAUUCUACGGUCUCCAGGAGUGGGAUCCUGAUGGCUGCCGUCCGUGCGACUGCAGUACCUCUGGGACAGUGGAUGGAGAUAUUACCUGUCACCAAAAUUCAGGCCAGUGCAAGUGCAAAGCAAAUGUUAUUGGGCUUAGGUGUGAUCAUUGCAAUUUUGGAUAUAAAUUUCUCCAAAGUUUUAAUGAUGAUGGAUGUGAGCCCUGCCAGUGUAACCUCCACGGCUCAGUGAACAAACUCUGCAACCCACUUUCUGGGCAGUGUGAGUGCAAAAAAGAAGCCAAAGGACUUCAGUGCGACACCUGCAGAGAGCACUUUUAUGGAUUGGACUCCGCCGGCUGUAAGGCCUGUGACUGCCACAUCGCUGGAUCCCUGCCCGGGACCGUCUGUGAUGCUCAGACAGGACAGUGCGUCUGUAAGCCCAGUGUUGGAGGGAGACGGUGCAAUGAAUGCUUGGAGGGGUACUUCUACCUACAGCAAAAUCAUUCUUUCCUCUGUCUGCCUUGUAACUGUGAUAAGACGGGGACAGUCAAUGGCUCUCUGCUAUGUGACAAAUCAACAGGACAAUGUCCUUGCAAAUUAGGAGUAACAGGUCUUCGCUGUAAUCAAUGUGAGCCUCACAGGUACAAUUUGACCAUUGGCAGAUUUCAAGACUGCCAGAUGUGUGAGUGUGAUGCCUCGGGGACGUUACCUGGGACCAUUUGUGACCCAGUCAGUGGCCAGUGCCUGUGUUUGCCUAAGCGUCAAGGAAGAAGGUGUAACGAAUGUCAAACAGGUUUUUAUAUUUCUCCGGGCAGUGCCACUGGCUGCCUGCCAUGCUCCUGCCAUGCAGCUGGUGCAGUUAAUCACAUCUGCGAUAGCUUGACUGGCCAGUGCGUUUGCCAAGAUGCCUCCAUUGCUGGGCAAGGUUGUGACCAUUGUAAGGACCUUUACUUUGGAUUUGAUCCUCAGACUGGAAGAUGUCAGCCUUGCAGUUGUCAUCUCUCAGGAGCCUUGAAUGAAACCUGUCACUUCGUCACAGGCCAGUGUUUCUGUAAACGAUUUGUCACUGGCUCAAAGUGUGAUACUUGUGUUCCCAGUGCAAGCCAUUUGGAUAUCAACAAUCCACUGGGCUGCAGCAAAACUCCAUCCCAGCAACCUCCACCCAGAGGACAAGUUCAGAGUUCUUCUGCCAUCAAUCUUUCCUGGAGUCCACCUGAUUCUCCAAAUGCCCACUGGCUUACUUACAGUUUAUUCAGGGAUGAUUUUGAAAUCUACACAACUGAGGAUCAAUACCCAUACAAUGUUCAGUACUUCUCAGACACAGCCCUGUUUCCGUACACCUCCUAUUCCUACUACCUGGAGACCAGCAGCGUGCACGGUUCCACAAGGAGUGCAGCUGUCACCUACAGGACGAGUCCCGGGGCCCCAGAAGGAAGCUUGAACUUAAGUUACAUCAUUCCUAUUAGCUCAGACGCUGUGACUCUCACCUGGACUGUUCCAUCAAAUCACUCUGGUCCUAUAGAGAAGUAUAUUUUGUCCUGUACUCCUUUAGAUGGCGGCCAGCCGUGUAUUUCCUAUGAAGGUCAUGAAACCACAGCUACCAUCUGGAAUCUGGCUCCCUUCACCAAAUACCGUUUUUCUGUACAGGCGUGUACUAGUGGAGGCUGUUUACACAGCUCACCUCUUUUGGUGACCACGGCCCAGGCACCCCCCAGAAGACUGGGUCCCCCUGAGGUGCAGACCAUCAGCUCCACUGAGCUCCAUGUAGCAUGGGCUCCACCAGUGGAACCAAAUGGCAUAGUUAUAAGAUACGAACUAUACAUGAAAAGACUGGGAUCUAAUGGAGAAACCAGGUCAGAAGAAAGUCGAGUGUUUCAGAGCAGUGGCUGGCUCAGCCCUCACCCAGCUGUGGAAUCAACCAGUGAAAAUGCGUUAGAACCUCCCCAGACAACCACAGUCAUCGCUGGCUUGGAACCAUACACCAAGUAUGAGUUUAGAGUCUUAGCUGUAAAUAUGGCUGGGAGUGUGUCUUCUGCCUGGACCACGGGAAGAACGGGAGAAUCAGAGCCUGUGUUCAUGACUCCUCCUUCCGUCUCCCCGCUCUCACCGGACUCUCUCAACGUGUCCUGGGAGAUACCAGCAGAUAACGUUACGAGAGGGAACGUCGUGGGGUAUAAUGUCAGUAUGGCUUCUGCGUCACCUCAACGGUCUAGUUCGCUGGUAUGUUCAUGGGUGUUACAUACCGCUCAAUCCCAAGAACUGUCUUACAUUGUAAAAGGACUGAAACCGUAUAGGAUAUACAACUUUACUGUUUCUCUCUGCAAUUCAGUGGGUUGUGUAACCAGUGCUCCGGGAACAGGACAGACUUUAGCAGCAGCACCAGCCCAGCUGCGGCCACCUCUGGUUGAAGGAAUCAACAGCACAGCCGUCCACCUUAGGUGGCUCCCACCUGAAGAACAGAAUGGACCCUCCCCUACCUAUCAGCUGGAAAGGAGGGAGGCAUCUCUGCCAGCUCCGGGGGCCACGAUGAUGAAAGGAACUCGUUUCGUAGGAAAUGGAUAUUACAGAUUUCCCAGCUCCACUCACCCAGUCAAUACAGACUUCACCGGCAUCAAGGCCAGCUUUCGAACCACGGUGCCUGAAGGUCUGAUCGUCUUCGCGGCGUCACCUGGCAGUCAGGAAGAGUAUUUCGCCCUUCAGCUGAAGAACGGCCGUCCUUAUUUUCUUUUUGAUCCUCAGGGGUCUGCAGUGGAAGUUACCACUUCUGACGACGAUGGCAGACAAUACAGUGAUGGCAAGUGGCAUGAGAUAAUUGCAUUCAGGCAUCAGGCUUCCGGCCAGAUCACGCUUGACGGGCAGUACACAGGUUCCUCGGCCACCCCGAAUGGCAGUACUGUUAUUGGAGAGAACACGGGAGUGUUUGUAGGAGGGCUGCCGCAGGGCUAUACCAUCCUCAGGAAGGAUUCUGACAUAGUCCAAAAGGGUUUUGUGGGCUGUCUCAAGGAUGUGUAUUUUAUGAAGAAUUAUAAUCCCUCUGCUACUUGGGAGCCUCUGGUUUGGCAGAGUUCUGAAGAGCAAAUCAAUGUGUAUAACGACUGGGAGGGGUGCCCCACUUCAUUACAAGAGGGAGCCCAGUUCCUAGGAGCAGGGUUCCUGGAACUUUAUCCAUACACGUUUCGUGGUGGAAUGGACUUUGAGAUUUCCCUUAAGUUCAGAACUGACCAAUUGAAUGGAUUGCUUCUUUUCGUUUACAACAAGGAUGGACCUGAUUUUCUUGCUAUGGAACUGAAGAGUAGAAUAUUGAGCAUCCGGUUAAAUACCAGUCUUACCUUUGCACAAGUACAUCUGUGGCUGGGGCUGUCCUAUUGUGAUGGAAAGUGGAACAAAGUGAUGAUUAAAAGAAAAGGUUCUGUCAUAUCAGCGAGCAUGAAUGAGCUGAUGGAGCAUGUGUUAGAGCCCAGAGCCCCGCCACUGAUGGUGAAUUCCCCGGUCUAUGUGGGAGGAACCCCACAGGAGCUGCAGGACUCUUACCAACACCUGCAUCUGGAAGAAGGUUUCGGUGGUUGCAUGAAGGAUGUUAAAUUUGCACGGGGCGCUGUCGUUAACUUGGCAUCUGUGUCCAGCAGUGCUGUCAGAGUCAAUCUGGACGGAUGCCUAUCAACUGACAGCGCUGUUAACUGCAGGGGAAAUGACUCCAUCCUGGUUUACCGGGGAAAAGAGCGGAGUGUCGACGAGAGUGGCCUCCAGCCUUUCACAGAAUACCUGUAUCGAGUAAUAGCCUCGCACGAAGGAGGUUCAGUGUCUAGUGACUGGCGUCGGGGACGGACAGCAGCAGCAGCCCCACAAAGUGUGCCAACUCCCUCAAGAGUCCGCAGCAUAAACGGAUAUAGCAUCGAGGUGACCUGGGAUGAACCUGCCAUGGCCAGAGGUGUCAUUGAGAAGUACGUUCUGAGAGCCUACAGCGAGGAGGAUCCCCGGGAGCCCCGCGUGCCCUCCGCCAGCUCCGAGUCUGCCAAUCCCAGCACCUUCACAGGCAUAUUGACAGGCCUGCUGCCCUCCAAACGCUACUCAGUCACCCUCGCUGCUUGCACUCUGACUGGCUGUACUGAGAGCUCACAGGCACUGAACGUCUCUACUCCCCAAGAAGCUCCACAAGAGGUUCAGCCACCAGUAGCUAAAUCCUUUCCCAAUUCUUUGUUACUCUCCUGGAAUCCACCCAAGAAAGCAAAUGGUAUUAUAACUCAGUACUCUUUAUAUAUGGAUGGGAUGCUAAUCUAUUCAGGGGGUGCAGAGAACUACACAGUCACAGAUUUAGUGGCAUUUACGCCCCACCAGUUUGUACUCAGUGCUUGCACACACGUGGGAUGUACCAACAGUUCCUUAGUCGUUCUGUACACAGCACAGCUGCCACCAGAACACGUGGAUUCCCCAAUGCUGACCGUCCUGGAUUCUAGAACUAUAUACGUACAGUGGAAACAGCCAAGAAAAGUAAAUGGAAUUCUGGAGCGCUAUGUGUUAUAUAUUUCAAAUCACACGCAUGAUUUUACAGUUUGGGAUGUCAUCUACAACAGUACGGAACUUUUUCAGGAUCACGUGCUCCAGCACCUUUUCCCUGGUAGUAAAUAUCUCAUCAAGCUGGGAGCUUGCACGGGGGGCGGGUGCACGGUGAGUGAGGCCAGCCAGGCCCUGACAGAGGAGAGGGCCCCGGAAGGCGUGCCCGCCCCCAGAGUGCACUCCCAUUCACCUCACUCCUUUAACAUCUCCUGGACUGAGCCUGACUAUCCGAAUGGUGUUAUCACAAGUUAUGGACUGUAUCUAGAUGGUGUAUUAAUCCACAAUUCCUCAGAACUCAGCUGUCAAGCUUCCGGAUUUGCUCCUUGGAGCUUACAUUCCUUCCGAGUCCAAGCCUGCACUGCCAGAGGUUGUGCUCUGGGCCCACUGGUGGAAAAUCGAACUCAAGAAGCUCUUCCUGAAGGAACAGUAAAUGUGUUUGUCAAAACAGAGGGAUCCCGGAAAGCCCACGUGAGGUGGGAGGCACCUUUCCACCCUAAUGGACGCUUAAUGUACUCAGUCCUUUUUACUGGAACUUUCUAUGCUGACCAAGCAGGUGAUAACUAUACUCUCCUGAAUGGCACGCAAAUCAUGCACAGCCGUGAAGAGACCAACGUGUGGGUGCCCAUUGAUGGACUGGUUCCUUUUACUAACUAUAGUGUGCAAGUGAACGCGUCAAAUAGCCAAGGCAGCUUGAUAAGUGACCCUGUAAUGAUCGCAAUGCCGCCAGGAGCUCCAGAUGGCGUGCUGCCUCCGAGGCUUUCAUCUGCCGCUCCAACCAGUCUUCAGGUUGUCUGGUCUACACCAGCUCGUAACAGCGCUCCCAGCUCUCCCAGAUACCAGCUCCAGAUGAGGCCUGGCGGCUCCAGCCGUGGGCUUCAAGAAUUAUUUUCCAAUCCUUCUGCAUCGUUAAGCUACGAAGUGAGAGAUCUCCAACCGUACACGGAAUAUGAGUUUCGGGUGGUUGCGUCCAAUGGAUUUGGCAGUGCUCAUAGCUCUUGGAUUCCAUUCAUGACCGCCGAGGACAAACCUGGACCCAUAGACCCUCCGAUUCUUCUGGAUGUGAAGUCAAGAAUGAUGUUGGUCACCUGGCAGCAUCCUUUAAAGUGCAACGGGGUCAUUACCCAUUACAACAUCUUCCAGCAUGGCCAUCUCUGCUUGAAAACUUCUGGAAAUGUCACUAAUUGCACAGUGACCCACUUACGCCCGUACACUGCCUAUAAGUUUCAGGUAGAAGCUUGCACUUCCAAAGGGUGUUCCCUCUCACCAGAGUCCCAGGCUGUGUGGACACUCCCUGAUGCACCAGAAGGUAUCCCAAGUCCAGAGCUGUUCUCCGAUACCCCAACAUCCGUGAUUCUAUCUUGGCAACCCCCUACCCAUCCCAAUGGCCUGGUGGAGAACUUCACAAUUGAGAGAAGAGUCCAAGGGGAAGAAGAGGUUACUGUCCUGGUGACUCUCCCAAGAAGCCAUCCCAUGAGGUUCAUCGACAAGACGUCUGCUCUUAGCCCGUGGACAAACUAUGAAUACCGCGUACUGAUGAGCACUCUUAAUGGAGGUACAAACAGCAGUGCUUGGGGACAAGUGACCACGAGACCCUCACGGCCCGCUGGGGUGCAGCCCCCUGUGGUGGAUGUGCUAGGACCCGACGCAGCCAAGGUCACUUGGAAGCCCCCACUUAUGCAGAAUGGAGACAUACUCAGCUACGAGAUUCGCAUGCCUGAGCCUCACGUCACAAUAGCCAAUGUUACUUCCUCUGCAUUGAGUCAAGUCAUUCCUCAUCUGAUUCCGUUCACUAACUAUUCUGUCACCAUUGUGGCUUGCUCAGGGGGCAAUGGGUAUCUAGGAGGGUGCACAGAGAGUUUACCCACCCAUGUGACCACCCAUCCCAGCCUCCCCCAGGAUCUUAGCCCGUUGUCAGCAAUUCCGCUAAGUGAAUCAUAUGUUGGGAUUUCUUGGCAGCCACCAUCCAGGCCAAACGGACCCAAUUUGAGAUAUGAGCUUCUGAGACGUAAAAUCCAGCAACCACUUGCAUCCAAUCCCCCAGAAGAUUUAAAUCUGUGGCACAAUAUUUAUUCAGGAACUCAGUGGUUUUAUGAAGAUAAGGGUCUUAGCAGGUUUACAACGUAUGAGUAUAAGCUGUUUGUACACAACAGCGUGGGUUUUACGCCAAGUCAGGAAGCGACUGUGACAACGCUGGCUGGUCGUCCAGAGAGAGGAGCCAAUCUCACCGCGGUUGUUCUUAACCACACGGCCAUAGACGUGAGAUGGGCUAAGCCAACUUUUCAAGACCUACAAGGUGAUGUUGAAUAUUAUACACUUUUUUGGAGUUCAGCUACCUCAAAUGAAUCUCUAAAAAUCCUCCCAGAUGUAAACUCUCAUGUCAUUGGCCAUUUAAAUCCAAACACCGAGUAUCGGAUUUUUCUCUCUGUUUUCAACGGCGUCCACAGCAUAAGCAGUGAAGUCCUGCGUGUGACCACUUGCGAUGGGGAGCCUCAGGGCAUGCUCCCUCCAGAGGUUGUCAUCAUCAACAGUACAGCUGUACGUGUCAUCUGGACAGCUCCUUCAAACCCAAAUGGUGUUGUCACUGAAUAUUCUGUCUAUGUAAAUAAUAAGCUGCACAAGACUGGAAUAAAUGUGCCCGGAUCUUUCCUUCUGCAAGACCUGUCUCCCUUCACUAUCUAUGACAUUCAGGUUGCAGUCUGCACAAAAUAUGCCUGUGUGAAAAGCAAUGGAACCCAAAUCACCACUGUGGAAGAUACUCCAAGUGAUAUACCAACUCCCACAAUCCGUAACAUCACUUCAAGAUCCCUUCAAAUUGAUUGGAUGUCUCCAGGGAAGCCAAAUGGCAUCAUUCUCGGAUAUGAUCUCUUACGGAAAACCUGGCAUUUGUGCCCUAAAGCCCAGAAGUUAAUGAAGGACCACGGUGCUGAGCUCUGCAAGGCAGUGAAAUGUCAAAAGCCCGAAACUAUCUGUGGACACAGGUGCUACUCCCCUGAGGCUAAGGUUUGCUGUAACGGCGCUCUCUACGACCCCCAGCCCGGACACCGCUGUUGUGAAGAGAAGUACGUUGCAUUUCUUUUGAAUUCAACGGGAGUGUGUUGCGGUGGCCGCAUAAGGGAGGCACAGCCCAGCCAUCGGUGCUGCUCGGGGUAUUACGUCAGGAUUCUGCCAGGUGAAGUAUGCUGUCCAGAUGAACAGCACAAUCGGGUUUCCACGGGCAUCGGUGACUCCUGCUGUGGCAGAAUGCCGUAUUCCACCUCAGGAAACCAGAUCUGCUGUGCUGGGAGGCUCCAUGACAGCCACGGCCAGCAGUGCUGUGGUGGACAGAUUGUGAGCAAGGAUUUGGAGUGCUGUGGCGGAGAGGAAGAGGGUGUGGUGCACAGUCGCCGUCCAGGGAUGUUCUGUUGCGGGCAGGAUUAUGUGAAUAUGUCAGAUACCAUAUGCUGUUCAGCUUCCAGUGGAGAGUCUAAAGCACAUGUUAAAAAGAAUGACCCAGUGCCAGUAAAAUGCUGUGAGACUGAACUUAUUCCAAAGAGCCAGAGAUGCUGUAAUGGAGUUGGAUAUAAUCCUUUGAAAUAUGUUUGCUCUGACAAGAUUUCAACUGGAAUGAUGAUGAAGGAAACCGAAGCAUGCGGGACCGUCUGCCCAGCAUCCACGGAAGCCACAGCCCACUGCGGCAGGUGCGACUUCAACUCUACCAGCCACGUUUGUGCUGUGAUAAGAGGGUCUAACAAUUCCAUCAGGAGGGAAUCAAUCGAAGACAUAUGCUCAUCGGCUGAAGAGACUGUUCAUACAGGAAGUGUCAACAAACUCUCCUUCACAGACGUAAACCUGGAGCCCUACACGACAUAUGAGUAUAGGAUUUCUGCUUGGAAUAGCUAUGGGCGAGGAUUCAGCGAGGCCAUUAGAGCCAGAACAAAAGAAGACGCUCCUCAGGGAGUGAGUCCCCCCAGGUGGACCAAAAUGGAUCAUCUUGAUGACGUAAUAGUCUUAAACUGGAAGAAACCUAUACAGUCAAAUGGUCCUAUUAUUCACUACAUUAUUCUCCGAAAUGGAAUUGAACGUUUUCGAGGAACAUCACUGAGCUUCUCUGAUAUGAAGGGAAUUCAGCCUUUUCAAGAAUAUUCAUACCAGCUAAAAGCUUGCACGAUUGCUGGCUGUGCCACCAGCAGCGAGGUAGUUGCAGCUACGACCCAAGGAGUUCCGCAGAGCAUCCCUGCGCCAAGAAUCAUGGCCCCCAGUGCAGAGGCCCUGCAUAUGAGCUGGGAUGUCCCUCCGAAGCCAAAUGGCGUCAUUAAAGAGUACCAGCUCAGGCAGGUUGGGAAAGGUCUCAUCUACACUGACACCACUGACAGGAGGCAGCAUACGGUCACAGGUCUCCAGCCAUACACCAACUACAGCUUCACACUUGCAGCUUGUACAUCUGCUGGGUGCACAUCGAGUGAGCCUUUUCUAGGUCAGACACUGCAGGCAGCCCCUCAAGGAGUUUGGGUGACACCUCGACAUGUUAUAAUCAAUCCUACAACAGUGGAAUUAUAUUGGAGUCCGCCAGAAAAGCCCAAUGGUCUCAUUUCUCAGUAUCAGUUGAGUCGUAACGGAACCUUGGUUUUCCUGGGUGGCAGUGAGGAGCAGAAUUUCACGGAUAAAAACCUGGAGCCCAACAGCAGAUACAUUUAUAAGUUGGAAGCCACAACUGGAGGUGGCAGCAGUGCUAGUGAUGGGUACAUUGUUCAUACACCUAUGUGGACACCAGAAGAAAUCCAGCCUCCGUAUAAUGUCACAGCAGUUGGGCCUUAUUCCAUAUUUGUAGCUUGGACCCCACCAGGGAUCCUCAUUCCCCAAAUGCCUGUGGAGUACAAUGUCUUACUCGAUGCUGGAAGUGUAGCGCCUCUGACCUCCUCUGUUGGUCAUCAUCUAUCCAUCCUUCUGGAAAAUUUGGCUCCAUUCACACAGUAUGAGAUAAGGAUACAAGCAUGUCAAAAUGAAGGUUGUGGAGUUAGCAGUAGGAUGUUUGUCACCACAUCUGAAGCAGCCCCCAUGGAUCUAAAUUCCCCAGUUCUUAAGCCACUGGGGUCAGCUUGCAUUGAAGUUAAGUGGACGCCACCUAAAAAGCCAAAUGGAGUCAUCAUCAACUACUUUAUUCACAGACGUCCUGCUGGCACUGAAGAAGAAUCCCUUUUAUUUGUCUGGUCAGAAGGAGCCCUUGAAUUUACUGACGAUGCAGAUAGUCUGAGGCCUUUCACGCUCUAUGAAUAUCGGGUCAGAGCCCACAACUCCAGGGGCUCCGUGGAGAGUCUCUGGUCAUCUGCACGGACGCUGGAAGCCCCACCUCAAGAUCUGCCUGCACCCUGGGCUCAGGCCACCGGUGCUCAUUCAGUUCUGCUGAACUGGACGAAGCCAAAAUCUCCCAAUGGCAUUAUCUCCCAGUACCGUGUGGUCUACCAAGAGAGAUCCGAUGAUCCGACACUGAACUUCCCUGCUGUGCAUGCGUUCACAGUGAUGGGAACAAGCCAUCGAGCCCAGCUGUGUGGGUUGGAGCCCUUCAGACCGUAUCACGUGGGUGUUGUGGCCACAAACCAGGCAGGAGAAGUUUCCAGCCCCUGGACUCUGGUUCACACCCUAGAAUCUUCCCCAAGUGGACUGAGCAACUUCACGGUACAGCAGAAGGAGGACGGGCGGGCCUUGCUUCUGCAGUGGUCGGAACCUGCCAGAACCAAUGGCGUGAUUAAGACAUACAGCGUCUUCAGCGACGGCGUCCUGGAGUACACGGGCCUGAGGCGUCAGUUUCUCUUCCGGCGCCUGGACCCCUUCACCCUCUACACGCUGACCCUGGAGGCCUGCACCAGGGCCGGCUGUGCACACUCGGCACCCCAGCCCCUGUGGACGGAGGAAGCGGCUCCCCAAUCUCAGCUGCCUCCCACCAUCCAGUAUGUGGGGUCCACCAGUGUUGAGCUGAGCUGGUCAGAGCCUGUGAACCCAAAUGGAAAGAUCAUUCGCUACGAAGUGAUACGCAGAUGCUUUGAGGGAAACGCUUGGGGAAAUCAGACAAUCCAAGCCGAUGAGAAAAUUGUUUUCACAGAAUAUAAUACCGAGAGGAAAAUGUUUCAGUAUAACGACACAGGUCUGCAGCCAUGGGUGCACUGUGAAUAUAAAAUCCACACUUGGAAUUCAGCCGGCCAGACCUGCAGCUCUUGGAGUGCAGUGAAGACAAGGCAGGCCCCUCCAGAGGGCCUCUUUCCACCUGAGAUAGCCCAGGUAUCUGUAAGCCCCCCCAAACUGCUGAUUUCCUGGGUGCCCCCAGAAGAGCCGAAUGGCAUCAUCCAGUCCUAUAAGCUUCGAAGGGACGGGGUGCUCUAUCCCUUCAGCUUUGAUGCCAUGACUUUCAGUUACACUGAUGAAGAGCUGCUCCCGUUCUCCUCGUACAGUUACGCCAUCACAGCCUGCACCUGGGGAGGCUGCUCCACCAGCAGGCCCAACAGCGUCACAACCCUUGAGGCUGCCCCUGCAGGGGUCAGCCCUCCAGCUCUUUGGACCAUCAGUGCCACUCAAAUAAAUGUAUCUUGGUCACCACCAUCCAUUCAAAAUGGAGAGAUCACUAAAUAUUUGCUUCGAUUUGAUGGUGAGGAGUACCUGGCUGGACAGAGCCUGUCCCUGCUGGUCUCCCACCUGCAGCCCUACACACGGUAUAAUUUCUCCCUGGUGGCCUGUACCAACGGAGGCUGCACAGCUAGCGCAGCAAACUCUGCCUGGACGAUGGAGGCUGCACCACAGAACAUGGACCCGCCGAAACUGCAGGUCACAGGCUCAGAGUCCAUAGAAGUCACCUGGAAACCACCGAGAACCCCAAACGGCCAGAUCAGAAGUUAUGAACUUAGGAGGGAUGGAGCCCUUGUGUAUACCGGCCUGGAAACUCGCUAUCAUGACUUCACUCUCACCCCAGGCGUGGAGUAUGGCUACACGGUCAUGGCCAACAACAGCCAAGGGGGUGUUUUGAGUCCCCUCGUCAAAGAUCGGACCAGCCCCUCUGCACCUUCAGGGAUGGAACCUCCAAAUUUGCAGGCCAAGGGCCCCCAGGAGAUCUUAGUGACCUGGGACCCUCCAGUCAGGACAAAUGGUCGUAUCGUCAACUACACCUCCUUUAUCCGUGAGCUGUUUGAACGAGAAACAAAAGCCAUACAUAUAAACACAACUCACAAUUCUUUUGGCACACGGUCGUUGGCGGUAAACCAGCUGAAGCCGUUUCACAGGUAUGAAGUUCGAAUUCAAGCCUGUACCAGGCUGGGAUGUGGGUCAAGUGACUGGACAUCUGUCCAGACCCCUGAGACUGCACCUCAGAAGCAGCCCUCUCCACACCUAGAGGUGCAGAUGGCUCCAGGGGGCUUCCAGCCCACGGUUUCCCUUUUGUGGACAGAACCUCUCCAGCCAAAUGGAAAAGUUUUAUAUUACGAAUUGUAUAGAAGACAAGUAGCAGCUCAGACUGGACAAUCAAGUCCAGUGCUAACCUUUAAUGGAAGCUCGACCUCUUUUAAGGAUGCCGAGCUACUGCCUUUCACGGAGUAUGAGUACCAGGUCUGGGCUGUGAAUUCAGCAGGAAAAGCCCCCAGUCGCUGGACGCGGUGUAGAACCGGGCCUGCCCCACCAGAAGGUCUCAGGGCCCCCAAGUUCCAUGCCGUCUCUUCCACCCACGCAGUGGUCGACAUCAGUGCCCCCCGGAAGCCCAACGGGAUCGUCAGUCUCUACAGACUGUUCUCCAGCAACACCAGCGGGGCCCCGACGGUGCUGUCUGAAGGCACGGCCACCCAGCAGACUCUUCACGGCCUGCAGCCCUUCACGACGUACUCCAUCGGGGUGGAGGCCUGCACCUGCUUCAACUGUUGCAGCAAAGGGCCAACAGCCGAGCUGAGAACGCCUCCGGCUCCGCCUGCAGGACUGUCCUCUCCCCAGAUCCAGAUGCUGGCCUCGAGAACAGCUUCCUUCCAGUGGAGUCCCCCCCAGUUCCCCAACGGUGUUAUUCACAGCUACGAGCUCCAGCUCCACACGGCCUGCCCCCCGGAUCCGGCCACCCCCUGCACUCCCGGCCGAGCAGAGACAAAGCACACGGGGCCCGGGCAGAGGGCCAGCGUCGGGGGCCUCCAGCCCUACACCAGCUACCAGCUGAGGCUGGUGGCCCACAACGAGGCGGGCAGCACAGCCUCUGAAUGGACCAGCUUCGUGACCCAGAAAGAACCGCCCCAGUACCGCGCGCCGGUCUCGGUGGACGGCAAUCUGUCGGUGGUGUGUGUCAGCUGGAGCGGCUCCUUCCGGCUGAACGGCCGGCUGCGGGAGUUCGUCCUGACGGAUGCGGGGCAGCGCGUGUACAGCGGCCUGGACACCGCCCUCUGCAUACCGAGGACCGCGGACAAAACUUUCUUUUUCCAGGUCACCUGCACUACAGAUGAAGGAAGCGUUAAGACACCUUUGGUCCAAUAUGAUACCUCUACUGGAUUCGGCCUGGUGCUGACAACUCCUGGAGGAAAGAAAGGAUUGGGGAGCAAAAAUACAGAAUUCUACAGCGAGCUGUGGUUCAUAGUGUUGAUGGCAAUGCUGGGCUUGAUCUUGCUGGCCAUUUUUCUGUCCCUGAUACUACAAAGGAAAAUCCACAAAGAGCCGUACAUCAGAGAGCGGCCUCCCUUAGAACCUCUUCAGAAGAGGAUGUCGCCGCUGAAUGUCUACCCGCCGGCGGGGACCCACAUGGGCUUGGCCGAUACCAAAAUCCCCCGGUCUGGGACCCCUGUGAGUAUGAGGAGCAACCGCAGCCUCUCUGUACUGCGCAUCCCAAGCCAGAACCCGGUCAGCCAGCCCUGCUCCGGAGGCGCUCUCCCGCGCAGUGUCAGCCAGCUCCUGGACGUUCCAGAUAAGAAGGCCUUGAUUGACGACUCACUCUGGGAAACCGUCCUGGGCCAUGACAGUGGACUGUAUGUGGAUGAAGAGGACUUGAUGAACGCCAUUAAGGGUUUCAGCUCCGUGACUAAGGAACACACCACGUUCACCGACACCCAGCUGUGAAGGGCGGAAACCUGGGAGCUGGAUGCAGGUGCCACACCCCCUUCCCUCUGGGUUGUCACGCAUCGUAAAUGCU